ACUCUGGGGACACCGCCCCCCGGCCCCCGCGUCCCGCCCCCGCCCAGCCUCGCGCCUCAGUUCGCGCCGCGCCUGGGCUCGGAGCGCAGCGGCGCCGGCUCCCGCAGCCGGAGAGGAGCCAGCCCCGGGAGCCCAGCGGCGCGCACUGCCUGCAGCCGCGCUGGCGAUGCGGGGCCGCCCCGCGCCCGCCCGAGUCCCGGCCCCGGCGCCCUCGGGAAGGGGCUGAGCCGCCCGCCGCCCGGAUGGGGAGCCUUGGCGCGCUCGCCCUCUGCCUGCUCCGGCUCCUGCUCCUGGGGCUGCAGCGGCCGCCGUUGCCCGGCGCCGGAGCGCAGAGCGCCGCAGGUGGCUGUUCUUUUGACGAACAUUACAGCAACUGCGGGUAUAGCGUGGCUCUGGGAACCAAUGGGUUUACCUGGGAGCAGAUUAACACAUGGGAGAAGCCAAUGCUGGACCCAGCUGUGCCCACAGGGUCCUUCAUGAUGGUGAACAGCUCUGGAAGGGCUUCAGGCCAGAAAGCCCAUCUUCUUCUGCCAACCUUGAAGGAGAAUGACACUCACUGCAUUGACUUCCAUUACUACUUCUCCAGUCGAGAUCGCUCCAGCCCGGGAGCCUUGAAUGUCUACGUGAAGGUGAAUGGUGGACCCCAAGGGAACCCUGUCUGGAACGUGUCUGGUGUCGUCACUGAGGGCUGGGUGAAGGCAGAGCUUGCCAUCAGCACCUUCUGGCCUCAUUUCUAUCAGGUGAUAUUUGAAUCCGUCUCUUUGAAAGGUCAUCCUGGUUACAUCGCUGUGGACGAAGUUCGGGUCCUCGCUCAUCCAUGCAGAAAAGCACCUCAUUUCCUGCGACUCCAAAACGUUGAGGUGAAUGUGGGGCAGAACGCCACGUUUCAGUGCAUUGCUGGUGGAAAGUGGUCCCAGCAUGACAAACUUUGGCUCCAGCAAUGGAAUGGCAGAGACACAGCCCUCAUGGUCACCCGGGUGGUCAACCACAGGCGCUUCUCAGCCACAGUGAGUGUGGCAGAUACCUCUCAACGCAGUAUCUCCAAGUAUCGCUGCGUGAUCCGCUCAGAUGGUGGGUCUGGUGUGUCCAACUAUGCAGAGCUGAUUGUGAAAGAGCCUCCCACGCCCAUUGCUCCCCCGGAACUACUGGCCGUGGGUGCCACCUACCUGUGGAUUAAACCAAAUGCCAACUCCAUUAUUGGGGAUGGCCCCAUCAUACUGAAGGAGGUAGAAUACCGCACAACCACAGGCACCUGGGCCGAGACCCACAUCGUGGACUCUCCCAACUACAAGCUCUGGCAUCUGGACCCUGAUGUGGAGUAUGAGAUCCGGGUGCUGCUCACACGACCAGGCGAGGGGGGCACAGGACCACCAGGACCACCCCUAACUACCAGGACCAAAUGUGCCGAUCCUGUGCAUGGCCCGCAGAAUGUGGAGAUUGUGGACAUUCGGGCUCGGCAGCUGACCCUGCAGUGGGAACCCUUUGGCUAUGCAGUGACCCGCUGCCACAGCUACAACCUCACAGUACAGUACCAGUACGUGUUCAACCAGCAGCAGUAUGAGGCUGAAGAGGUGAUCCAGACCUCUUCCCACUAUACCCUGCGGGGUCUACGGCCCUUCAUGACCAUCAGACUGCGGCUGCUACUGUCCAACCCUGAGGGCCGGAUGGAGAGUGAGGAGUUGGUGGUACAGACUGAAGAGGAUGUUCCAGGAGCUGUUCCUCUCGAGUCCAUCCAAGGGGGUCCCUUUGAGGAGAAGAUCUACAUCCAGUGGAAACCUCCCAAUGAGACCAAUGGGGUCAUCACACUCUAUGAGAUUAACUACAAGGCUGUGGGCUCACUGGAUCCAAGUGCUGACCUGUCCAGCCAGAGGGGAAAAGUGUUCAAACUCCGGAAUGAAACCCACCACCUCUUUGUGGGUCUGUACCCUGGGACUACCUACUCUUUCACCAUCAAGGCCAGCACAGCCAAGGGCUUUGGACCCCCAGUCACUACUCGGAUUGCCACCAAGAUUUCAGCUCCAUCAAUGCCUGAAUAUGAUGCAGAUACCCCACUCAAUGAAACAGAUACAACCAUCACGGUGAUGCUCAAACCCGCCCAGUCCAGAGGAGCCCCAGUCAGUGUUUACCAGCUGGUUGUCAAGGAGGAGCGACUCCAGAAGUCUCGGAGAGCAGCUGACAUCAUUGAGUGUUUCUCAGUACCUGUGAGCUACCGGAACGCCUCCAACCUCGAUUCUCUACACUACUUUGCUGCUGAGCUGAAGCCCUCCAACCUGCCUGUCACCCAGCCAUUUACAGUAGGAGACAACAAGACCUACAAUGGCUACUGGAACCCUCCUCUCUCCCCAUUGAAGAGCUACAGCAUCUACUUCCAGGCCCUCAGUAAAGCAAAUGGAGAGACAAAAAUCAACUGCGUGCGUCUGGCUACAAAAGGUGCUUCCACCCAGAAUUCUAACACUGUGGAGCCGGAGAAGCAGGUCGACAACACGGUGAAGAUGGCUGGUGUGAUUGCUGGCCUCCUCAUGUUCAUCAUCAUUCUCCUGGGGGUGAUGCUGACCAUCAAAAGGAGGAAGCUGGCUAAGAAGCAGAAGGAGACCCAGAGUGGAGCCCAGAGGGAGAUGGGUCCUGUGGCCUCGACUGACAAGCCUACCGCCAAGCUCAGCACCAACCGCAAUGAUGAAGGCUUCUCCUCCAGCUCUCAGGAUGUUAAUGGAUUCACAGAUGGCAGCCGUGGGGAGCUGUCUCAGCCUACCCUCACCAUUCAGACUCACCCCUACCGGACUUGUGACCCUGUAGAGAUGAGCUAUCCCCGGGACCAGUUCCAGCCUGCCAUCCGGGUGGCGGACCUGCUUCAACACAUCACCCAGAUGAAGAGAGGCCAGGGCUACGGGUUCAAGGAGGAAUACGAGGCCUUACCAGAGGGACAGACAGCUUCGUGGGACACAGCCAAGGAAGAUGAAAACCGCAAUAAGAAUCGAUACGGAAACAUCAUAUCUUAUGACCACUCCCGAGUAAGGCUGUUGGUGCUGGACGGAGACCCUCACUCAGACUACAUCAAUGCCAACUACAUUGACGGGUACCACCGACCCCGGCACUACAUUGCAACCCAAGGUCCAAUGCAAGAGACGGUGAAGGACUUUUGGAGAAUGAUCUGGCAGGAAAACUCUGCCAGCAUCGUCAUGGUCACAAACCUUGUGGAAGUGGGCAGGCACCCAGCGGAACACACUGUGGGAACUGCCACGCUAGGCCGUGCUGCAUCCCCCGGAAUGGUGAAGUGUGUCCGAUACUGGCCAGAUGACACAGAGGUCUAUGGAGACAUUAAAGUCACCCUAAUAGAAACAGAGCCCCUGGCAGAAUAUGUCAUCCGCACCUUCACAGUCCAGAAGAAAGGCUACCAUGAGAUCCGGGAGCUCCGCCUCUUCCACUUCACCAGCUGGCCUGACCAUGGUGUUCCCUGCUAUGCCACUGGCCUUCUGGGCUUUGUCCGCCAGGUCAAGUUCCUCAAUCCCCCAGAAGCCGGGCCCAUAGUGGUCCAUUGCAGUGCUGGAGCGGGGAGGACUGGCUGCUUCAUUGCGAUUGACACCAUGCUCGACAUGGCUGAGAAUGAAGGGGUUGUGGACAUCUUCAACUGUGUGCGUGAGCUCCGGGCACAGAGGGUCAACCUGGUGCAGACAGAGGAGCAGUAUGUGUUUGUGCACGAUGCCAUCCUGGAAGCAUGCCUCUGCGGCAAUACUGCCAUCCCAGUGUGUGAGUUCCGCUCUCUCUACUACAACAUCAGCAGGCUGGACCCGCAGACCAACUCCAGCCAGAUCAAAGAUGAGUUUCAGACACUCAACAUUGUGACACCUCGAGUGCGGCCUGAAGACUGCAGCAUUGGGCUCUUACCCCGGAACCAUGAUAAGAAUCGGAGCAUGGAUGUCCUGCCUCUGGACCGCUGUCUACCCUUCCUUAUCUCAGUAGAUGGAGAGUCCAGCAACUACAUCAAUGCAGCACUGAUGGAUAGCCACAAGCAGCCUGCCGCCUUUGUGGUCACCCAGCAUCCUCUACCCAACACGGUGGCAGACUUCUGGAGGCUGGUGUUUGAUUAUAAUUGUUCAUCUGUGGUGAUGCUGAACGAGAUGGAUACUGCGCAGCUCUGUAUGCAGUACUGGCCUGAGAAGACCUCCGGGUGUUAUGGUCCCAUCCAGGUGGAGUUUGUCUCUGCAGACAUUGACGAGGACAUCAUCCACAGAAUCUUCCGGAUCUGUAACAUGGCUCGGCCACAGGAUGGUUAUCGUAUUGUCCAGCACCUCCAGUACAUAGGCUGGCCUGCAUACCGGGACACGCCCCCCUCUAAGCGCUCUCUGCUCAAAGUGGUCCGACGGCUGGAGAAAUGGCAGGAGCAAUACGAUGGAAGAGAGGGGCGCACAGUGGUCCACUGCCUAAAUGGGGGAGGCCGCAGCGGAACCUUCUGUGCUAUCUGCAGUGUGUGUGAGAUGAUCCAGCAGCAGAACAUUAUCGACGUGUUCCACAUCGUGAAAACCCUCCGCAACAACAAGUCCAACAUGGUGGAGACGCUGGAACAGUAUAAAUUUGUAUAUGAGGUGGCACUGGAAUAUUUAAGCUCCUUUUAGACUGAUUGGAUGGGGAGCCUGCCAGAGUCCAGCGGCGGCUGCAGCUGCCCCUCUUUUUCUGUGACUGACAAUGACUGGUCUCAGGAGCUCCGAGGUGGUACACCUGCUCAGCUCCAGGAAGAAGACUGCUGGUCUCGUGCUCUGCAGCUUCUGUGGGGGUCUGUAGCUGUGGGAGAUGCUGUUCUGAUGGAGACUAGCAUCCCUUCUACACCUGACAGCAUCAGGCCCACAGAAGUCUACCCACAAGCAAGGCCCUGGACUUCUGAUUCCCAGACCUCUUGCUUUUGUUCGUUCUGAGUUUGUUACUCUCAUGGCAAGCUGACUAUGCAGGUGCUGGGGUGUGGGGAGAUUGCCAAUCUUUCCCUUACCAUCCUUAGGAGUAUCAGGGGUGGAAGUUCUUCUCCAUGCUAUCCUGCAAAAGCAUGGAUUGUAGUUUGAGGGAUCACUGUGUUAUUGGUUCCUAUAAUCUCCCACAGGGGCCUCUGGCAUGAGACAGCUACCAAUCUGGAUCAGUGUGACUCCUGGAUGCCCCCUAGGCCAAGCAGAAAGCUUUUUCAUCUUACACCUAACCUAUGCUGGGUUCUACUCACUACAACCAUCUCCAGCCAGGCCUUGACGCUCUGUAAUCUCCCGGCCAACCUGCUGUAUCUGUAUCACACUUCAGCAAAGGUUUCCUUCGCUUUUCCAUAGUCUGUAGGGAGAGGAGGGCUCAUAGGAAAUGUUACAGUAUCUCUUUAAUCUUUGUAGAAAAAGCCACUCUCAUUGGGGCAGGGCUCUUGCUGGCCUGUACAGUACAACCCUGUGCUUCGUAGGUGGUACUUUCUGUGGGAAAGACAAACAAAAAAAGCUUUGAGUAUUUUCCCAAGUACAUGUGAAAAGAAACUCUUGUGAGUGUAAAAUUCUGUAUUCUCUUAUGUCAAAAGAAGAAAAGGAUAGGAUGGGAGUUUGAAUGUGUGGCUGUCAGAUAACUCUCUUGGACUUUUAUUUCCUGGUCAUACCCAUAAAAAGACCCACUGUAGGAUGACACAGCCAUUGAACACAUGAAAUGAGACCUCUGGGAUCCGUCCCUGGGUUGUGGGUGUGGAAAUACAGCAACACCUUUAUAAUUUGUCUCUCCAAAUUUGAACUCUUUCCUUAAAAAAAAAAAAAAAAUCCAGCUGCCAUUUUGAAAUUGGCUACUGGGGCCCCAGCUUCAUUUAUGAUAGAAUAAGUAGGUUUAGGCCGGGGGCCAAGUCUUGCUCAAAGCAUGACGAAAUUAAGGGAAAGGAGAGAACAUUAGUGAAGUGUUUCUUGCAAGCGAAGUGCCAUGGUUACCACCUUCCAUGUGACAUCUCAUAUAGUCGGUAGCACCCCUAGGAACCCCUAGAGAAUGCUCUCCUCAUAUCCACUUGGUAAUUGAAGAAGCCUGAGCACCUUCUUCAGUGAUGGAAUUCUGGGUUCCGAAGACAGGUAAUGGCACCGAAACCUACCCACCAUUUUCCUCAUGCUUUCUCAGCCAAGCUAUUAUUUUUAUGGAACCAAAAUAAGGCUAGAAACUUUAGAGCAGAGAGAGAGAACUCCAUGAGUAGAAAUUUAAUUCUUUCUUUCUGAUACCAGUUUUUCUUGGUAGCCCACACUUUCAGAUAUAUUUUAUUAACUCAUUCGCAGUUCCCCAGAAAAGCUAGUCUUAUCUAAUUUCAUCAUUGCUAAAAACAAUUCCCGUGCUCCCUCAGGCUACAAGGGAACCAGCUUGGGAAGCUCUGUAGCCUGGGCUGAGCCACAAUAUCUGACAGCCUUAAUAGCCAGGGGUCUAGGAAGGUCUAUCUUGCAGACUGAUCCAGUCUCGGUGUAUGAGGGACAUAGAAUCCAAUAACAUACACAUCUUGCCCUUCAGGCCCACUGUAUUGUAGAGAAGCUGAGCCACAUUGUAACAGUGGAGCAUACAAGCGUUUGAUGAGCUUCGGUGUGAGAGUGGCUUGCUCUGCCUAGAGCUUCCUAGGCAACAUCCAUUCCAGGCAGGGCUCAACAGACAGAAAAGAAGAAAAAGGAAUUCAAGCCAAGGGGGUCAACAUGCACAAUGGUAAAGGCAGGUGAGAAGGUAUCUGGAGGGACAGAUGGUGGGAGGUCAGCCCAGCUAGAAGGUAGCAAGACAGGGAUGGUGGCAGGAAGGUAGCCAGAGCCAGGGAGGAAAUGUAAAGGGCACAGUCACUGCCCUGCAGGCAACAGGAAGUUGGCAGAGUUCAACAGCUAUGCACUCAGUUUAGUUUUGGAGAAGGCUCUCUCUGGACCAGCAGGAUAGCCUAUUUUCCUUUCAUCAGACACUGUGAAAAUGUCCCCUCAGUGUGUGCUUUUAAUAUGUUACGUGUGUGUGUGUGUGUGUGUGUGUGUGUGUGUGUGUGUGUGCUCAUUAUUUUGUUGCUGGAACAAAAUAUGGAGUAAAUCAUGAGACUGAGCUCUUACUUAAAACCCAGGGUCUCUGUUCUAUCAUGGAGCAGGGUCAACAACCUUGGCCUCUGAGCUUUCAAGGACAGAAUAUGAAAGGAAAUCAGGGAGCCAGCUCCCAUUGGUGUGGGCCCAGGAGCUGUCUAGAAGUCUAAAAACACCAGAGUUGAUCAAGGAAGGCUGUCACUUUGGAGGUUCAAAAGGAGCAUCUCAAAGAAAAGGCACGCAAAGGAAACCUAUGAGUUACUAUUCUCUUUUGAUGGAUCUCUUCCCAGGUAUAUUUGAGCAUAUCCCCAGGCCCCAGACCCCACUGGUCCGUCUGGAUUCCUAUGGCUCUAGUCUCCUAUCUCUGAAUGGACUUCCUGGUAGCCUUCAGGAGUCUAUAGCAUAGCCAAUCAGCAUGUUGCACUCUAUUUCUUCAGAUCUUGGCCACUUCUAACAGAGAGUGGAUAGAGGGGAGAGGAUUAACUACAAAUCCUAGGAUUCAUUCUGCUGAGGAAAGAAUUGAAGAACUGACAGAUAAAGAUGACAGUGAUAUCUGUCAUUAUAAAUGGCGGGAAUUUAAAAAAAAAAAAUUCCAAGGGAAAGGAAGUGUGUGAAAAUUCAAGCCAUGCUGAGGGACAGGCUAAUUUAUAUCCUUAUUUUCUCAUAAUCCAACUGUUCUUAAAGAAGGUGAUCUUAAAACAGUGCACACAAAAAGAAAGUGGGGUACAUGGAUGGAAGUAACAUUCUUCAGGUCCCCAUGGGGGACAUGCAGAAGAGCUUAGAUGAUAUGGGAAAUGGUCCUAAGAAAUUUAGAUGAUAUUUUCCCCAGGAAAUCUCCCAAGAAAACCCACCUUCUUCUCACCCGACCUACUUAUGGGGUAGGCUCAUUUUGAAACGAGCAAAGGAAAGAUGUCAAAGUGAAUCCUCACUUAGCUAAUAUCUUCGUGUUGGUCGCCAGUGGAAUCCAAAUAGAAAAGGUAUAAGGUACAAAUGAGAUACCAUGAAAACUGCCCCAAGUUGGCCAUGUUUAUGAUGACUUCAGGUUGGAGCACAGCUACAUCUCAAUCUCAUGUUCUUUUAUCCCUGCUGAUAUGGUUAUCAUGGAUGAGGUAUGGGCCUGUUUGCUUCUAGAAAGCCACAGCAGGUCCCUUUUAUAGGAACAGAAGAGGCUGCUUGCUUCAGGUGACUCUCAGUGUGGGCCUUAGCAAUCAAAGACCAGCCAGAUGUCACCUACUCCAUGGAACCAGUAGAUUCAGUGCUGUGGACUCUAAAACAUGAGCUCACUCUUCGACAUUCUUGAAAUAUCUGUGAUUAUGGCCAGCACUAUUUUACUGUCGAGUAAACAGAUCCAAAAGGAAAAUUCAUUUGCCCAUACAAGCAAACUUGUCCUGGCUUUCUGACCACAGAGACAAAAUUCUUCCAUCAUUGUAUCUGAGAUUUUCCCACAUGAUUACUCUUAGCAACAGAGACAAUAGCAAAACUAAUGACUCAGUAGAUAUUGGUAAAGCCCAGUGCAGACAAUGAUAAGCUUCAAAUUUCUCUAGAGCCUCGUGGUUUACAUUCAUGAUAUAUUUGGAUUCCGUUUUCUAAUUUAUUCUUAGUAGUUUAAAUAUGACUGUAUAAAUUCAUUUUUAAAUCUGUCCUUUAUCUCAUGUAUCUCUCUGAUCAAUCUUAGGGAAUAUCUCUGGCCAAGGCAUAGUGCCUGACCAUGUUCCUUCCUCCUGAGGUUAAUUCUAAACUCACAUUCACAUCAACUUACAUUCAUUCGCCUUGGAGCAUCUGUUGCUGCGGAGGUAUCCUGACUGUACUGCUCCUGAGGUUCAGCAGAGGUCUCUUCUUCUUAUGGAGAGUUCUGCAAGAUGCCAACUAACAGACUAGAAUAAUGAGAACUUACCUGCAUGGCAUGGUAAAGGUUGAGCCCACAAAACCCUAAAGACAAAGGGGAAGCCAGAUGCAGACUUACUCAGAGGAUCCUUGAAUGCUGAAUGGUGUCUGUUGUCUCUGUAGAGUUCCAUGGCUUCUGAUGUGGGAAAAUCUUAGGACAUACUUCAUGAAUCUUAAAUACCCUUCCCUUCACAUAGCUCAAUACAAUCCCUGGAUCCUAUAUCAUUCAGCAUUCAAGACAGAUACCACUAAGAAGUACAGACUACUAUGGCAUGGUACGCCAUGGUAAGUAGAAUAAGAACUUGCUCAUUGGUUUGAACUCCAACUGUACCAUUUCUGGAAUAUAAAAUAUCAGGCUGAACAAGGCAUGGAAAAGGAAACAUACACACAUCUUUGGCAAGGUUUAAAGGGGUUAAUCUGGAAGGCUAGGACAGGUAAACAAGAAUUCAAUUGAAACCCAGCAUCUACUCAGAAACAAGGAUGCUUAUAAACUGUUGAGCUCAGUGAUAAGUUCCAUGGGGAAAAAAUGAAGAAGGCCAACCCUCCUUAACCUGUAGCUGGCCACCCCUGCUAUCCUAGCAGGUCAUCAUCACCAAGCUAAAGCAAGCUCAGUACUAUAAAUGGUAGGUCUAGAUCCAAAGCUGAACAUGAACAGGAUGCUGAUCCUAUGCUACAAGGUCAAUGAGCCAAUAUCCCUAAGAAGGAGUUGACAACCCAAAAUAAAAGUCAAGUGAAAAGAUAAAACAGAAAUAGCAAUGUCUUCUCUAAGCCUUAAUUUGCCUUUCUUUCCAAUUGACCAAUCAAAGUGAGGCCCUCUGUAGUAUCUCACUAGCUCUUACUCAGAGACAAUAAAACAGAAAAGUAGAGUAAAUUUGGCCAUAGACAAAUGAGACUUAACCUGGUUUGCAUACUGUUGUGUACAGGUUUCUUAUGUGAGGUUGUCCCUAGAGACCUAUCAAAAAUUAUGAAAUGCAAAGGCUUCCUUUAACUGAAUGUGGGGUCACCUUUGAAAUCCUAUCCCUUUUGAACAACAAAGAGAGAGCAAGAGUGAGAGCAAGAGCGAGCGAGAGAGAGCAAGAGAGAGAGAGAGAGUGAGUGAGAGAGAGAGAGAGACAGCGAGAGAGAGAACGAGAGAGAGUGAGAGAGAGAGAGAGCGAGAGAGAACGAGAGAGAGCGAGAGUGAGAGAGAGAGAGAGAGGUGGAAAAUAGAAAGUGGGGGAGGGAGAGAACAGUUCUAAACCGAGUUUUCUCUGACACAUUAAUUUUAGAGUCAUGGAGCUGAUAUCCUGAGAAACACAGCACAAAUAUCUCUGACAUAUCUACAUAUGAAUAAGCUCUUUCAAAUUCUUGGUAACCACAGAUAGACUUUUGCAUGACAGUGGCUAUAUAACUGAAUUGUGGAGACCAAGAACUAUCUCUUGCGUAUCUCCUGCCAACUUCUACAAGAGGUAGAAAAGCUAUCAAAGGGCCCACAUUCACCCCUGAAAUCUAUCCAUGAAUAUUAGUGUCCAACAGGUGGAGUCGGUACCCACAUUCAUACCCCGCCCCAGACCUGGCACUACUUUAUCUAGCAUGAAUACACCUAAGAGCUUAGUGGUGGUGCACAGCAGCUGGUACAGAGGAUGGGUAAGAAUUGGGAGGGGAGACAACCUUCUAGAAAGGACUUCAGAAGGUGAUUAAUCAUGGGGCUUCCUUUUGGAUUGGAGAACCACCAUGCUAGGUGGUAAAAUGCUAACCUGGUUCUUUGUUGGAAUGUUUGGAGAUCAAGUGUAGGAGUCUUAGAAUAUUGAACAGCAAAGUGAUGGUAUUCAGGGUAUUUAAUGUAGGUUGUGAGUCUUCAGUGAGAACCAUUUCUAGGGCCUUUGUGAGCAGAAUUGUGUUAGUUUCCCACCCCCACCCCCCAAAUCAGUCUCCUAAAGGGACAGCAGAAUACUAGCAUCCAUAGUCUUCUUAAGACUGUGGGUGAUAAGACAAAGUCAAACAUAGUUUGCUACCCUGGUUACCCCUGUGAGCGAUGCUAAGGUGGAUGUGGAGACUGAGUACCUGUAAGAAAGAGCUGAGUGCUAGGGAGGAUCACUGCCUGUUUGAGUAGCCUCCCAGCAGAAGCCAGGCAUCCCCAUCUCCUGGCCUAGGGUGAAGAAGCAGAGUAGCUGAGGUAGAUAGACUUCAGGCCACUUUCACUUUCAGUGGGUGAGUCCUUGAAACACGAAAGUCACAUUUGAAAUGGGACCUCCAAACUGCAAACUAAGUAGGUAGGUCAUGCUUGGUUUGGGAAGUGGAAGCCCUCUGUUUUCCUAAUCAAAUCAUCUCCUCCUGUCAAUCAAAAGGCAGCUCCAGCUGCAUCUCCUAGCCUUAUCCAGGAUGGUUAGCACCAGUCACAGGGAGCAGCUCCUUGGCCAUACAUCUGACGCGUACUGCCAUCACUGAGAAGGGCAGCCAGCACCAGACUCACUGGCCACCAGGGCCCUCAAUGACAGACAGAACCAAUAAACAUGGAGGCAGGAGUCAAAACAAGGCUUUGCUUCACCCAUAUUAUCUCCAAAGGUUAAUUCAGCCGUCAUUCCCUAUUCAAGGCCUGUAGGAAAAGACUUCAAAAAGCACAGGGAUUCUGUUGACACCUGAUCAUAAUCAUUCCCAGUACAUAUAUUUCAUCACCAACUGGUUCUUGGGCUGGCCCAGGUUAGCCUAGGCUAACUCAGAUUUGUAAUCAGGCUCAAAAAUUAUAUUCUCCCUUCUCUCUUCACUCUAUAUCCAAGUAGCCAAUUAAAGGUACAGUUGUUGCCUCUGUGGUUGCCUUGGCUACAGGUUACCAUACUGGUACACCUCUCCAGGACCUAUCAUGGCAUUCUCAGUCUACACUAGGGAAGCUUACAUUUUCCUUGUCCAGUGGCAUAUGAUAUCACAUGAGACCAAAGUCUCCACACUAUCUGAAAUCUCCACAAAUCCCAGUGGCCUGCACUUGUACAGUUUGGGUGUUUGAUAGAUAAAGCACGUAUGAGAAGAGAAAACAAAAUAAAUCAACUUCAGCAAGAAGAAAGCCAGCACUGUGCUGUCAAUGUCUUUCCCCCCUUUCCCUUUUGAUUUCCAGUUCUAGCUUCAAAAGCAGAAGGUAAAUAAUGUCAGGUCAAUGAAUAUCAGAUAUAUUUUUUGACUGUACAUUAAAGUGACGUGUAAUCUUUUUACACCUGCAAGUCCAUCUUAUUUAUUCUUGUAAAUGUUCCCUGACAAUGUUUGUAAUAUGGCUGUGUUUAAAAAAAAAUCUAUACAAUAAAGCUGUGACCCUGAGA